AUGGCGCGUGGGACCGACUCCCCUCCCGAGGACGGCCGUGCCGACUCGAUCGCCUCCAACGAGCUCGACGCCGUCAAGACCUCCGAGAAGAAGAAGAGCAAGAGACCUGCGAACACCGCGUUUCGACAGCAGCGAUUGAAAGCAUGGCAACCUAUUCUCACCCCAAAGACAGUGCUCCCGCUGUUCUUUGCGAUCGGAAUAAUAUUCGCGCCCAUCGGCGGCGUCCUGCUCUACACGAGCGCUCAAGUCCAAAUGAUCUCGAUGGACUACACGAAGUGCUACACAGAUGCCCCCAUCGACAAGUUUGACGUCAUGCCCGGCGACAACGUUAACAGCCAGUGGAAGACCAAUGGCAAUCGAGGCAACCCGCCUCAGUGGAAGCGGAUCAAUCGGACAGUUUCAUACGACGGCGUGGAAGUCGACGGCGGCGUCUGGGAAUGCCAACUUCAGUUCCACAUCCCCGAGGACAUGGGCCCGCCUGUUCUGUUCUACUACCACCUGACCAACUUCUACCAGAAUCACCGUCGAUACGUGAGCAGCUUCUUUGAUAAGCAGCUCAAGGGCGAUGUGGUCACCACGGCCGAUGUCCAGGGCUCUAACUGCGACCCUCUUCAGACCAACUCUACAGGAUUCCCAUACUAUCCGUGUGGCCUCAUCGCCAACUCGCUCUUCAAUGACACCUUUGGCAACCCUGUGCUCCUGACCACGGAGUCCGCUGACAACCAGACCUACGAGAUGAAAAACACGGGCAUCGCUUGGUCGUCCGACAAGGACCUGUACGGCAAGUUCCCGAGCUCCAUGAACAUGGCAGAAGUCUCCCCUCCUCCGAACUGGCACGUUCGGUACCCCCAUGGCUACAAUGCGAACAACCCGCCUCCAAACCUGGCGGAGGACGAGCCUUUCAUGGUCUGGAUGAGGACCGCCGGUCUGCCUACAUUCAGCAAGCUUGCCCUGCGCAACGACACAGUCAAGAUGGUCAGCGGCGACUAUCUGGUCAGCAUCAUGAAUAACUUCAAGGUCGACAUGUUCAAGGGCACCAAGUCCAUCAUCAUCACCACACGCACCGUUAUGGGAGGCAGGAAUCCCUUCUUGGGCAUUGCCUACAUCGUAGUCGGUGGUGUCUGCAUCCUCCUUGGAGCUAUCUUCACUGUCACGCACAUGAUCAAGCCAAGGAAAUUGGGCGACCACACUUACCUCUCGUGGAACAACGCUCCCGCGCCAAAGCAGUCUGCCGGCCCCAGCACCGGUAUGACGACGGGCCGUGAUAUCGGAGCAUAG